AAGUGAGUUGUGACUUCCAGCUGAGUGUCAACAACAACAGAACACAGUGAGGUGUUGCGUCAGGCGGGUGUGUUCCCCCUGCAGCUACCUCUCUCCACUACCUGUACUCUUCCUAGUUAAGCUUGGGCUCAAUGGUCCUCCCCCUCUCAACCGUCAGUUAUAGACAGGCUCAUGAGUGAGCUAGCAAGUUUUAUUUCUCUGCUGUUAGAAUGCACAAUCUUGGAUCAUGAUCCAUCUGUCUUCAAAAAUCAUUAGCAGGCUGGGAGUUGCUGCUACAUUUAUAUUGGGAACAGUAGCUGGCAACCAGUUCAGAAAACAUAGAGAAAAAGUAUUGGUAGAUUCAGCGCAGCAGCAUCAUCUCUAAAAUUUACACCAGGCUGCAAAGGCAGUCUAUCAACACUGCCUGUUCUGACGGUGUGACGGAAUCCUAUAUGGAGAUUGGAAAACAAACGUGUCAACAAUACCUUCAGUAUCGAGACUUGCUGGAGGAAUCUUCAGAGCUUUGGAUAAAAAAAUGGCUUGGUGCAACAGAAUGGAUAGAUACUGUGGAUUUCUGGCCCAGACCUCCAGCUUUGCAACUCUUAAGUUCACCAACCUACUUUGCUGCACUGUUUGCUGGAGUGAGGGCAUUGUGGUAUAUAACCUGCUCCAGUGACUUCAAUAAAGAGAACUCUUUUCUUGACUCUGAUCUGGCAAUGACUCUUAAACAAGUAGUUGAGGAAAAAGAUGAUUAUGUAACUCCACUCACACUCAAGAUUAUUGCAAAUGUUAUUGCUCUGAAAAAGGAUGUUCAUCUUAUACACGAAGCAGGUUUGGUGGAUACCCUCAAACAUUGUGCUAAUAACAAGGAAUCCCAGAUAUUUUUACCUGCUUGGCGGGCACUGCACAACCUUCAAAAUACAACAGAUAAGAAAUCAGCUUGUAGAAAUCUGUACUUAGAAGGAGUAUACCCUUUUGUUUUACCAGACAAGAAAAAGGCUCCUUUGGUAGACAUCAUUCUCGUUCAUGGCAUCAAAGGCGGUGCAGCAUGGACGUGGCGCCAACAUGAUCAAGAGAGACAGAGGCCACUGUUGUCGCAAGAGAAUCGUAGAGAUAUUCUUAAGGGACUUCAUAAAGAAGUGGUAGAUGAAUUUUACACUUGUUGUUGGCCCUUGGAUUGGUUAGUGCCAUCACUAAAUAUACCAGUGAGAGUAAUUGCUGUCAACUUUAAGUGUGGGUGGUGGAGAUGGGAGAAAGAGUGCUCAAUUGAGGGUAGAGGUUCAAGUGUGAAAUAUCGCUAUGCUGAAAAUUAUGGGGUUCAUAACAGCCAAUGUGUUGUUAAUAACAGUCUUGCCAAAGAGACUUUGGCCACAGUGUUCUUCAGCGUUCCUCACCAUGGCUCCCCCUUGGCUACUUAUGUUACACAAGGAGUGCUUCGUCUCUUGUUACAACCAACAAGAGAACUAUGUGAAAUGAGAACAGACAAUCAAGCCCUACACCUCCUCCAUAAGUCAUUUACAAGUCUAGUAAAAGCUCAGGAUAUUGCUGUUUUAACAUUAAAUGAAUCUGCACCUGUACUGCACAAAACUACUGGUUAUCCUCUGCAUUUUGUUCCAUCUGAGUUUGGAGAUCCUGGAAUUGGAGUAUUUUAUGAAGCAGAUUCAACUCACCUUGAUAUCUGCAAGCCAUUAAAUAGAAACUCUGACUCCUAUCAGAAAGUUGCUUCCUUUCUGCAAGCUGCCCUUAGUAAGUUAAAGUAAUGCUAGAUUUAAUUUUGCCAACUGCAAAGUAAAUUCAUGGUUGCCUUUGCUUUGUAAAAGGCCACUAAAAAAGUUGCAUAUUAAUACAAGAAAAUGUUGAGUUUUCAUCUGGGUAAUAAAUAUACUGUACAGUAUAUACAUUUUAUAAAUAUGUACAAUGAUUUGUUUAAUUUUUUUAUUCUAUUAUUUUGUACACAAAAAUGUCCUAGAAAUAUAACGGUUCUGAAAUAAAAA